AUAAACUUUCCUAAACAAGACUGCUGUGAGCUAAGGCAUAUAACUGACCUUGGAUUAGACAUAAACAAGAAAUGGGGCACGAAGAAGAAGAGCAUCAUUCAGCAUCACCCCAAAAUAGUGGAAAUUUCAAGUUUCAGAAUGUUGCAAUGGCUUUAUUUAAAGUUUUCGACGGGCCAGUGACUUUUGUACGAGAGAAGGUGGUGUUACCUAUUCAGAGCAGGAACCAAACCAAGUAUUAUCACAGGCGUUUCAAUAGGGUCCCAACAGUUGACCAGUGUGAUGAAGAAGAUCCAGUUUGCAUCUAUGAAGCUGACCAGCAGUUCCAGAGAGACAAGAUGGUUGACAGCGAUAUUGUCAGGAUUCUGAGGCAAAGAAAGAUUGAAUGCUAUGCGUGGGAAGGUCCUGAUAAAAAAAACAAAUGUCAACAGAUUGAAGAAGAUUAUAACCAGGCGGCUGUUAACUGGUUCAUCAAAUAUGGUGAUAUGAGAAGCGGGAAAGGUGCUUUAGAGGCCUACAUGAAACAGAAACAUAGACUUAUUUGGGAGAGAAGGAAUCCAGAUAAAAAAUUACACUGAAUAAAUAGUUCUAUUCAAGAUACUAGUUUUUAAAUAAAUGAACUAAUUAGAAUGUGUAUACUCGCUGUUGAUGUCAAGUCUAUGAAAACGUAGUUGAUUAAAAGAAAAAUUUGUGUUAACAGUUCAAUCUGAUUAGCCAAUAUUUUUAUUUUCAUUAUUGAUUCAACUGACCUAGAAAUAAGGACUAUUAAAACAAUUUUCCUGUUAUAAAAACUUUAUUCAUCUUGUUUUCAGUGCUUUAGUUUUCAAAAUAGCCAUGUUUUGAAACUUUUUUAACUUGCUGAUUUUCAGUUGAAUAAAAAUGUGUAACUUGU